AUGGAUGUUCCUACCUUUGGAAAAGUUGCCUUUGUCACCGGUGCCAACGGCAUCACUGGCUACGCCCUCAUAGACCACCUAAUCCGCCAGCCCAAGAAUGAGUGGAGCAAGAUUAUCAUCACUUCUCGCCGACCCAUCAAGACGGCCCUGGUUGAUCCUAGGGUGCAGUUCGUUGCACUGGACUUUCUAGAGCCGGUGGAUGAUAUUAUUGCGAAGAUGAAACCUUUCACAGAGAGUGUGACACACGCUUUCUUCGCGUCAUACGUCCAUAGCGAUGAUUUUAAACUUCUCCGAGACAAAAAUGUGCCACUGUUCCGUAACUUUCUGGAGGCAGUGGACAGAGCUUGCCCGAAGCUGGAGCGUGUCUGUCUACAGACUGGUGGUAAGUACUACGGUGUGCAUUUGGGCCCGGUGAAGGUGCCACUAGAGGAGUGGUUUCCUCGCUAUGACGAUGGGGGAUAUAACUUCUACUUCCAGCAGGAAGACUACUUAAAGGGCAUGCAAGCGGCUGGAAAGAAAUGGUCAUACAACAUCAUCCGCCGCAACGCUAUCAUCGGCUACUCGCCGCAGGCGAAUGGCAUGUCCGAAGUGGUCACAGUUGCCAUCUACAUGCUGAUCUGCCGCGAGCUGAACCAAGCACCAGUUUUCCCAGGAAACGAAUACUUCUGGAAUGCCGUUGACAACAACUCUUACGCACCAAGUCUAGCGGACAUGACAAUCUGGGCCGUCUCGGAGGGCCGCUGUAAGAAUGAGAUUUUCAACCAUACGAAUGGAGACGUUUUUGUUUGGAAACACAUAUGGAACGACUUUGCUGCGUUUCUAGGUCUCGAGGCCCCCGAGCCUGUUUUUGAGAAAGCAGCCGGCCAGGCCACCACGUUGGCAAACGAAGUAGACCUGGUUGAGUGGGCUAAAGAUAAACGUGCGGUAUGGGAGCAGGUUGUUAAGAAAUAUGGGGGUCACACCGGCGCCUUUGACUAUGGGACCUGGGGCUUCAUGAACUGGGCAAGUGGGAAGUCCUGGCUGACAAUCUCAUCCGUGAACAAAGCACGGAAACUUGGCUGGAGUCGGCAUGACAGCACGCUUGAUACUUGGUUUGAGACCUAUUAG